AUGACAGAUCAAAACUGGAAAGAAUCAUUAAAUAUUCCGCAAAAGGAUACUAGACCACAAACAGAAGAUGUGUUAAAUACGAAGGGGAAGACAUUUGAGGACUUUCCGUUAAAGAGAGAAUUAUUGAUGGGUAUUUUCGAGGCGGGAUUUGAAAAACCAUCGCCAGUGCAAGAAGAAUCGAUCCCAAUGGCACUUGCAGGUAGAGAUAUAUUGGCCAGGGCAAAGAACGGGACGGGUAAGACUGCUUCGUUUGUUAUUCCAUGCUUGCAACAAGUUAGACCGAAAGUAAAUAAGAUCCAGGCAUUGAUUUUAGUCCCAACUAGAGAAUUGGCGUUACAAACAUCACAAGUUGUUAGAACCUUGGGAAAACAUUUGGGUCUUCAAUGUAUGGUCACCACUGGUGGGACUUCUUUAAGAGAUGAUAUUUUGAGAUUGAACGAUCCAGUUCACGUUUUGGUCGGUACGCCAGGUAGAGUUUUAGAUUUGGCUUCCAGAAAGGUGGCAGACUUAUCAGAAUGCCCAUUAUUCGUUAUGGAUGAAGCGGACAAGAUGUUGUCCAGAGAGUUUAAGGGUAUUAUCGAGCAGAUUUUAGCCUUCUUUCCUGCCACCAGACAAUCAUUGUUGUUCUCUGCAACUUUCCCAUUAGCAGUCAAAUCCUUUAUGGAUCAGCAUUUGACCAAACCAUACGAAAUUAAUUUAAUGGAUGAAUUAACCUUGAGAGGUAUUUCACAAUUCUACGCUUUCGUUGAAGAAAAGCAAAAAUUACACUGUUUGAAUACUUUAUUCAGUAAAUUACAAAUUAAUCAAGCAAUCAUCUUUUGUAACUCCACAAACCGUGUUGAGCUUUUAGCCAAAAAAAUUACUGAAUUAGGUUACUCCUGUUACUACUCUCACGCGAAGAUGCCUCAACAUGCUAGAAAUAAAGUAUUCCACGAAUUUAGACAAGGCAAAGUGCGUGUUUUGGUUUGUUCCGAUUUAUUAACCAGAGGUAUAGAUAUCCAGGCAGUUAACGUUGUCAUCAAUUUUGAUUUCCCAAAGACAGCUGAAACCUACUUACAUAGAAUUGGUCGUUCUGGUAGAUUUGGUCAUUUAGGUUUGGCUAUUAACUUGAUGAGUUGGAAUGACCGUUAUAAUUUGUACAAAAUUGAACAAGAAUUGGGUACAGAAAUUAAACCAAUUCCAGCUACCAUUGAUAAGUCCUUGUACGUUGCUGAAAACGAAGCAGCGGUUCCAAGACCUUUCAAAAUUGAUCAAUUACCAAAGGGAAACGAGACCGUUCAUAAAAAGAGUGGUUAUGAAUACAAGGGCCAACCUGAGGUAAACCCUAAUGCCGGUGGAUUGUCUCAACAGGCACCAAAUGGUCCAAUCCCUCCUCAACAAGUUCAUCCAAGUCAAGGUCAGAUGCCACCGCAACAAUACCCUGGCUAUCCUCCUCAAUUUCAACAACAAAUCCCUCCUCAAUUCAACGGAUAUCCACCUCAACCACAGUAUGCUAACCCACAAUACCAACAACCACAACCCCAAUCUCAACCACAACAAUUCCAAUAA